AUGGACUCAACUGCACAAACACAUAUCCCUGUUGUUGACUUUGCCGAGUGGAACCUGGGCGGGUCUGGUCGCCGGAGAGUCGCGCAGAAUAUCGUCGACGCUUGUAAGAAGGUGGGGUUCGUGUACAUCGUCAACCACUCGCUGCCCGAGCCGUUGCUUGAUGAGGCUUUCGACUGGUCCCGCCGAUUCUUCGAUCUACCACAAGACGAGAAACUCAAAGCACCUCAUCCGGAGGGAUGGGCUGUUCACAGAGGUUAUUCUUGGCCCGGCUUGGAGAAGGUGUCGCAGGCGAUCAGCCAAGACAAUGACCAGGAGCGGGCUGAACAGCUGAGAGAGGUUCCCGAUAUCAAGGAAAGCUAUGAUAUCGGGAGUGAGGGUAAUCCCUCGCAGCCAAAUCAGUGGAUCCCCGAGGAGUCUCUGCCAGAGUUCCGUACUUUUAUGAAUCGAUUCUACUGGGAGUGUUUUCGCGUGGGAGGUGAGAUCCUACAGGCCCUUGCCAUUGGCCUGGAUCUGGACGAGGACCAUCUCCUGUUAAAACACUCUGGGAAUAAUAAUCAGCUACGUCUCCUACACUACCCGUCCAUCCCAGCAGAAGCACUGGAGAGUCAUCGGGCAGCGAGAUGUCCAGCUCAUACCGACUGGAGCUCAAUUACCCUCCUCUUCCAAGAUGACUGUGGCGGCCUGGAAGUCGAGGACGUCAACAAACCAGGCAACUUUGUCCCAGCAACUCCAAUCAAAAAUGCAAUUGUCAUGAACGUGGGAGAUCUCUUGCAGAGAUGGAGCAAUGAUCAUCUCCGUUCUACAAGCCAUCGAGUCACUCUUCCGUCUCUAUCAGAUAGGUUCGAGGGAGAGCAGCGAAUGACUCGUAACCGAUUUUCUAUUCCUUACUUCCUGGCGCCUGAUACUGAUUCUUUGAUCGAGUGCAUUCCAUCUUGUAUGGGAGCCGAUGAGCCGGCCAAGUAUGAGCCGAUUACACAGGCAGGAUACAAUCAGAUGCGUGCCUCUAUGCAGUACUGA